AUCUUCUGAGCCCCUACGCUCCUAUGUCUCCAGGCCUUCAUUGUCUCAGUUAAACUCUUUUCCACUUGGCGCAUUCCACUGUCGUUCCGGUUUUCUGUUUGUGCCUCAGAGGGAUUUUUUUCGAUCUAUCCGAGGACGAUCUGCGAAACCUUGUGUACCCUCUUGCCAGCUUGCUCGAUGCCUUUUCUUCGAUUCCCCCGCUCGCUGCUUCGCCGGCUUCUCCGGCACCCCCCGCAACGUCGGCUGCUCCCUCCGUUGCUGGAAAGGAGACACAUGUGGAGCCUCAAGCGUCGGGCUCUGCCGGCUUGCGAGGCGAAGAACUUACGUCUCUGUCCCAGACGGGGGGACCGCGAGGCCUUCACUCCGAACGUCACCUCUUUCCUACGACGGAGAAAAGACACAAAUCCGAAGCCGGAGAAUUGCGCCGCGAACGUACCCCAGAGACAUGCGCUGGGAUGACCGAACAGCACGCUGAUGUAGCGCAGGCUGGCGAAGCACCGGCGACUGGUCCCAGACGGGGAAGCAGCCGUCUCCUCUCUCCCUCCUCACGCUUAGCUAAACAAGAAAGUAGACCAAUGGAAACCGACGGGGAGGAUCGAGAAGAAGGGAACACGGUGGAGGCAGCUGCCGGACAGGAAGGAGAAGGAAUGCGAGAACAGGGAAGAGAGCAUGCCGGCCGGCGAGAUCUACGACCUCAUCUCUUGUUCACGAAUUCGUCUCUCACCGUUCCAUCGGUGUGGGAUGAAGGCGAGUGGGAGGAUGAGGCAAAAGAGGCAAACGAUAAGACCACAGGAGAUGGGCAGGAAGGAAAAAGCUCCCGGUCUUCGUCCGACAGAAUUUGUGAAUCUGCACAUCGCUCUGUCUCGUCUGUGCCAUCUCUUCCUCGCGUGACGCCGUCGUCUCGAGCAGAACUAAAGCCACUCCUCAUUUCUUCUUCUUUUUCCUCCUCGUCCGCGCUGCUCUCCCUGGCGUCCGGUGCCCUGCUUCGCCCCGCGCCAAGCGGUGUCUCCACAGAAGACCGUCGGGCGCCCGGCUGGGGACUCUGGCAUGGUUUCCAUCGGACAUCUUGGCGUCUUCACAAGGCCCUGGCUCGUCAGAGCGAAGACUCGCGACGCAAACGAAACGCAGGCAAGCUAAGGCUUCGAAGCCUACAAGAGGCCCCAGACUUCGAGAAGGACGAGAAGAGCCUCAAUGGGAUCUGGAGCCGCGAGGCCGGGCCGCAGGGCAACCGAGACAAGCCGAGCAGCGGGCGGAGUCAGCGCAAACGCGGAGAGGGAGGACAACGGAACUUACAGAGAUGCAGAGGGGGCAUAUCGAGACGAAACCAUCUAGAAUGGACAGGAAGCGUCGAUGCAAACGAUACGCUUUCUUCCACGUCUCGCGGUCGCGUUGGUCGCACCCUGAAAAAACGUCGACUCCGGCCAGUCUUGAAGCGGAAGCUGGGAAGGUGCAGAGAAAGGGCAACCAUCGAAACGGAGAGUGGGACCAAUUCCAAUGGUGACAAGCGCGAGGAGGUCUUCGACGCGAGAGGGAAAGCCAGGAAACAGUCGUUUGCUUCUUUCCAUCCUCCUGGCAUUUUUCAGGGAGACAGACGAAGAAACUCUCGUCGGGCGCGUGCGUCGGCGUCCGUUUCGACCUACUCUUUCCCCUCCGCGAAUGCGGUGCUGCGCGUGAGACAGAAGGCGAAGAGGCGAGAGCUGCGGCACAACGAUAGGGGAGCGAGACGCCUCAGGACGCGGGGAAAGGGAUCCAGCAGACCUCCUGAUUCUCGGGUCAGCGCUGCUAGCGGCUUUUGUGAAGAUCCUCAGUCCAUGCCUUUCGACUCCGAUCGAAGGCACAUUUGGAGUCGCGCGACAGAAGCGACGAAAAACGAAGACUCCAGCACUGGACUGGUGAACGUGGAGCUCCACAUUCAAGUCUCUUCCCUCUCCGUGCGUCUGUGGUCAUGUCUGCCGUUUAGAGGGAGACAAGAAGAAGCCGAGAGAGGGCCUGAGGCAGACGCCUCGACUCUGUCUCUUGCGUCAACGAUCCGUCGAGGGGAGGACGACAGACGAGCUGCCGAUGUCUCGCGGUGCAGAGACGCAGGGAGACUUGGAGAGAGUCAGUUGCGUGAUUCGCAAGGAGGGGACACAAGUGAAGACAAGGACGGAGAGAGAAAAAGCGAGACCAGAGGUCAGUGCUCGCGGCCACUGCGUCCAGAUCAUCAGGGAGGAAGCCUUUCAGGACGAGAAGCGGGAGAAGCACUGCGCAAGGGGAGAGCGAGCAUGGUGAGCGAAGGCAACCUCGAAGCAACAGCAGACGGCGAAACGCUGACUUGGAGUAUUCCAGAAUAUUCAUACGUUUCGUCAACAGGAUCGACUAGAAGGUGCAAAUCUUCUUGGAACUCUGUUGCUUUCGCUUCUCCGUUAUCUGAUGCGCCACCAAAGCUGAGAAACAACAAACAACCGUUUCUCACCCCGUCGCUUUCUCAAUCUCCGUCACCUGUGUCUGCGUCUCUCGAGUCACCUCUGGCGUCGUCGCGCCCUUCGUUUCCAGGCUGGGAAGGUUGCCCAAACUUUGUUGUGCUUCCUGAGGCGUCCUCGGCUUGGAGUCUCCGUGCCUGCUUGCUGACACACGAAUUUGCUUUGACGAUAAAAACCGUGGAGACGAGCAACACACGCUGUUCCCUCUCCGUCGGCUCAAAAUCCUUUUCCAUUCUUUUGCCGCGAGCGUAUCGCUCUCUCUCCCGUCCGCACACCUCGCUCUCGUCUUCUCCGUUGACGCGGGGGCGCUCGCCUAAUUCGCCUGGACACAGAGAAAGCCUGCCAACCGCCUCUUGUUCUUCCUCCCCCUUUCUUGCGCCCUCCUCCCUACGAAGACCCAGUGAAAAGCGGCGGCACAGUUCUCCAUGCGACCAGGAGGAGUCAGAGUAUCGUGGCAGAAACAGAAAUCGAAGCAGCUCUAGGUUUGUCUCGAAUGCCAGUCGAGAGGCUGUACUCCAUCGAGGCGAACGCAGCAGGCCGCGAGACACAAACUUCGCUGUUUACACAUCGACUCUCUCAGAGUUUGAGGUGCAGCAGCCUGGGAGAGAUAAGCGCAGGAAAAGCAACGAAAGUGACGACGAACAGGCACAGCGGAGGUCUGUUGCGUUUGAGCAUCGAUUCGAGAGGCAGCACGCUGUCGGGGUCGACGGUAGAACGAAUGGAAACCAAACUGGCAGACGGAGAGAGCAGGCGAACCAGAGUGCCGUCCAAAGGAAGCAAAGAGGGGAAAGCGAACUGGCGUCUGAACAACACACGAUCUCUGGACAAGGUGAAGGCGCCGAAGGUAUGCGGGGACCAUCCCGGGCUAGGAAGCCUUCUGGAGGGCGGAAACCAAGUGAAAACGCUUCACAGGAGAGGCGCGUCUCAUCGGAACGAUACGGCGAACGGGAGAAAAGAAAACGUUCCAAGGAGAGUUUUUCACAGUCUCCAGCUACCCCAUCGUCAACUGGUUUUCCAGCUCGUUCAUCUCAGCAAGGCCGUCUCGCCAGGGACAUUUCACCGAAGACGAUUCCGCGACGACGCAAGGUCUCGAGCGACACACAGACAGUUCCACGGAUGUCACUCGCUGACCAAAGAAGACGCCGGCGUGAUUCGGGGGCUUGGCAUGCGCUUUCUGCAUCGCGAACGUCUCCCUCCCUGACUCCUUUGGAGGCCGUAUAUUUUCUUGCUCCAAUCGGAGAAGAAAACAUCCAUCCUUGCCCUUCCCUGUUUCUGAUUCCACCGCUCACGCGUCUUCUGCUCAGAGCUCCGUGUGCCCAGAGAUCGGACGUCAUCUUUUCACUCUCUCCCCGUGGAUCCGUUCCACCGCACCACAGCCGAAUGCGGAUCAACACACAGAGAAGAAACAUUCCCUCGACCCUUGCUUUCUCGCCCUCGCCUUUCUCGUCUUUCUCAGUUUCGUCUGCCUCCGCUUCGCUUUCGCCUUCAGCUGCGGAGGCGGUUCUUCUGCUUUCCAGUCCUCUCACAGAGACGCGAGCUCGCUGGGUCUUCCCACCCCCUCGCCCUCGAGCUGCCUCGGGCAAAUGCGAGGAGGAAAAUGAGGACAGAGUGUCUCGACACACCCUCUCUUCGUUUUGCAGACGGCGAGACAACAGAUCUGCUGAAAGGUGGGGGGGCAAGGACGAGAGCGACAGGAAGCCAGGAGCAGAAGAUGCAUGCGACACAGAAGCUGGAGAAUUCCGUUUUGAAACUGAGGCAACGGGGGAAUACUUACAUCACGGGGCGAAGGGGGGCAGAGGUGAUGGCGAUGACGAAGACAGGAAAAAAACGCUGAAAGGAUCUGAACGUUGUGCAACCGUUGGGGACCCAGGUACAGGCGUCUCCAACACUGAGGCGGGGGGAAAGCGCCCACACUGGCGUCUCAGGCACCUUCAAUGCCACAGGUAUCCGGCAUCCUUGGAGACAGAGCUUGAGACGGAGACACUCGCACACACACCCAGAGAGCUUGUGGUGACAAAUCGAAGCUUGGGGUUUGUCUCGCUUCUUCGCCAGUCGUUCGCGUCGCAGUCAGAAGCAGUCAAGGCGACCGCGGAGACGCCGACAGAGACAGAGACAGUCCUUGUGGCGGGCGAGCGCAACACCGCGAAAGAAAGAGAGAGAAAAGGGCAGGACGAAGAGGUUUCGCAGAGAGCAGCGGAGAACAAGAGAGGACGAGUGGAGGACACAGACUACCGGGAGACGGAUAAGAAAGCCGAGAAAGAUGAGCGAGAAGAGAACCCCCGAGGAGACACAGGGGAGCAGAGAAGCGAGAAGCACACGAGAGAUUUAUUGGGACAGGAGAGAGAGAACGCAUGGGAGAUCAAAGCCGAUCUCUGUUUCCUCGACUUCUCCCAGAAACUCACAGCCAACCUAGGCAAAUACCGGCUUGCACUCGACUGGGAAGCAACUGCCCAGCUAGUUGCUUGGGUCCAAGCAGUCGCUGAUGCAUUCGCGUUCCUAAGCGAACAGUCGUCCGCCGCCUCGCCGCCUUUUAACUCCGCUUGUCCGUCUGCAUCUUCUUCAUUUUCAUCUCCCUCGUGCAGCGGCCUGGUAACUCAGGUCCAACAUUCCUCGGCGAAACCUACCUCUUGCGCGGCUCCUGCAGAAAUCCAACGCCGACCAUCACCCUCUCACUCAGAUUUUGGAUCUUCCUCUGACGCCUCCGACUUGCGAAGUACAGCAGCGUCUCAGCUUCCGCCUCUUCUGCCUCCAUCACCUGCUCAGCCUCCACCUUGGAGCGUGGCUUGUGUGUUUCUGCUUCCUCACCUUCAGCUUCUGCUUCCCUGCGUUACUGCUUCUCCCUUCACUGUUUUGCCUGUUCAGCAGUUUCCAGAUUAUGUCUCCGGCACCUUGGUGGGUACGUCUCUGUCUGCUGCUGGGCGAGAGCACGGGCGGCGCCUCCGGCUUUGUGGGGCAGAAGGUGGGAAGAAAGAAGGCAGAAACGUUUCAGAAAGAACGGAGAGAGACGCAGACGGAGUCCAUCGAGAAGACCGACGAUGGAUGCGUCGUUAUAGCUUGACUCCAAGAAUCCGGGGCCUUGUUGAAGACGACGACGCUUGUCCUUUGUCUUCCUGCUCUUCUUCGUCUCUGUCAGGUUUGACGUUUAUUCUCCUUCCUCUCCACGCUUCUUCUAAUCCCCCUCCAGUCUGCCUAAUCGACAUGUCUGUCUCUGCGUCUUUCCAGCAUUGUGUCAUGCCUUCGGUGUCUCCUCCUUUCGCGUCCGACUGCAAGGCUUCGUCUGUUUCUUCCACCUUGUGCGAAUCGCCCCCACCUUGCUCUCUCCAUCCGAGGAGAGAAGCGAGUGGUUCGGAGGUGUCUAGCACGCUCAUACGCUCUGGAAAUUCUUCCGAGACAUACCGCGUUCCCUCCCUGUCUUUUGGGCCGUCUCUGGGGCCUCCUGCUGCUGGCUUUUUGCCUGCGUCUUGCUCAGGGAGAGAGAUACACAGAGACCGACAUGCGUUGGUGCCGCAAAGCUCGACCUCCUUCGAAGGCAGCCGCAUGAGUCAGGAAAGUGAUCUGUCUUCCGGAGUGCACUUUGGUCUGCUUUCAGCUUCGUUUUCGGGCGACCUCGAGAGCUUGAAGAAUCUCAAUGUGUCUCAGGUUGCGUGCGGCCGCAGUGCGAGCGGCGCCAGUGGGGGGCGCGAUGAGGGGGGGCGCGAUGAGGGGGGGAGCGAAGCAGACAGUGGCGAGACGAGAGAAUCAGAAGGAGAGGCAGACUCCCGAGACGGAGAGGCGACAGAUCUCCGGCGUACAGUGCAACUGCUUUCAGAAGAGGGAAAUGCGCCGUGGGCUCAGACAUGGUAUCAAACCAAAGUGCACACGCGUCAAACGGUAGCUCUCUCUGUGCAGAACGUGAGCCUGUCUCUCUUACUUCCUGCAUUGGUUGAAGGCAGCCACAGGCGAGGAGACCUGGUGGGCCUGUCGCGAGGCUCCUACGGCUUCCGGUAUUCUCAUGCAGAGGGACGACGCCGGAGAACGGCAGAAGCUUCGCAGUGGGAAUUGCUGUCGAGUUUUGGACGCGAUCGCGUUUCCGUUUCAGUUUCUCCGAAGCCCUCCGAAGGAGGCAAACCUCUCUCGUUUCAGUCUGAGGGCGCGCGUCUCUCGUCGCGCCACAGACCCCGCACGGUUGGUCGUCCCCGGACACAGGACAGCAGCGCGAGAGUGAAGGAGGCGGAGAGAGAGAAAGAACCAGAACCACCGACGGGGUUCCCCCAAAUGGAUGAAACAUUUCGAGAAAGGCGCUCAACGGUUGGCGGAAACGGCGUGGACAGACAUUUCUUCUCACUAGGUGCCACCUCGGGUCCAAGCCAUCGCACGCAUAUCAGCUUUCCAGGAUCGUUUAGAAGCAAGCUAAAAGUCCCCGUCAGCACCCUGGACUUCUGCAAAGAGCCGCAGACUGCGUCUGCCCAGGAUGCGCCACUGCCGUCCUUGUGUCUGGCGACAUGGCGUCUUCUGCGAGAGGUUCUUGUUGGCAAACGGCAAAGGCAGUGGAGGAUAGGUUUCUCUUCGGCCAUGGGCCGCAUGAGCUCCUCGCCUCGGGAGCAAGUGAACUACGUGCGACUGAUCGAACCGUUUGCCCUGACGCUACGCGCUCAGAUGAGACAGACUGGGGGAAAUUCGAAAGACGGAAAACGCGGAGAAAGCGAAAACGGGGCGACACGCCUGCCAGACAGAGGACACAGGCCUGGCCGCGCAACGUCCGAGAACCGCAGACAUCCAGACCCUGAGGCUAGGAAGGCCCACAACCAUAAAGGAGGAGUAGGGACAGGCCAGGAGGGGGACGCUUGCGGGACGGACCAGGGAAGAGAAGCGGAAGGCGCAGAAACUAUUCUCGAAAGUCUACGGAGAAAGACAGACACAGAGUGCGUGGAGAACAUCCAGUCUGUGGCUAAUUCAUCCCCGUUGUCCAACGGUGCACAGUCGACUCACAACGCUGUCAUAGGGAACCUCGUUGUUCAUCCGAUAAUGAUGAACAUCACCAGUGAGGCCGUGGGGUAUCUCGGCACCCUCGCUUUCCUUGCCUCCGGCUUCCUCACUUUUCUCUCCACGCUUCAUCCCCCUCCCUUUUCGCCUCCGCUUCGUUCCUUGAGACCAUUCGCAAGUCGUUGUCGCGCCUUGCCGUCUGGUAUGUCGACUGCGCUUCCAGCUCUCCAAAUGCUCCCAUACGCCACUGUGAAACCAUUGGACCGACGGCUGUCUUCCGGUGCUGAGGCUCCUGCCUGCGCCUGUGCGCCACCUCGCGCGUCUUCCGGUCGCCGGCCAGGCGCACGGAAAGCGUCUCGACCCGAGGAGUCAGGCGCGACUUUGCUGUUGUCAGCCUCACACACCCGCCCCUCUCUCUCGUCGCCACUAUCGUUUGUUUCUAUCCCCGAAGACUUCCUAGACGAAGCUCGGGCAAAGAAAGCGGCCAAAAGCACGAGCGGCCAACCGCGUCUGCAGGCGACGGAAAUCGAUCCAGGAGCCAGCGGGUCUGACUCGCGAUGCCUCGAAGAGUGUGUGGAGGACUGGAAAGCGGCAGUGGAGAAUUCAGGUAAAGCAAGCAGGCAACGGUCUUUACGGGAGGACUCGAAGCUCUCGUUUUCACCAACCCCUCGCACUCUGGUUUCCGACGGACUGCUCGACCACAGAAUUGUGGCAGACUGCUUCACUCCACCUCGAGGAGGAACAGCGGCAAAUGAAAAAGGCGCAGGCACAGCGACGUCUUCCUCCGCGUCAGUCAAGUCUCCCCUCGAGGCCUUGUGGGAUGCCGUCGGCGCGCUCGCUUUCAACCUGGAGGUGUCGAUCACCGUCGAGAGCGUUAAAGUCAAAUGUGCAGCCGUGCACCUAACAGUCGAGGACGUGAACGUCCGACUUCGAAAAACGCUUUUUCACAGCGAUCCGUUUCUGUUUUCCGCUCCCGCGACGUGGCUGUUCUACGCUCGUCGCUCUGAAUCUAUCCGUCUUGAUUUGCUGCGCCCCCAUUCGCUUCCUUCGCGAGCUGUUGAUCCCUGGCUUCGCGCUCCCGCUUCCCGGUUUCCUCGACAAUGUGCUAGGAGACUCGUUUCUCCGUCCAUCUCUCCGCGACGCCGACAGGAGACACGCGACCCCGCCUCCUUCUUGUCCAGCAUUCUCGCGCCUCGCGCCGCGUCUUCUGGUGCGUCCACUCCCCGUCAACUCGGUGGAGAGCGACACACUGAAGAGACGAGGAUCGGCGAGAAUGGCCUUGUCGGUUUCUCCAAAUGCGCAUUCCACUCCUCUUCUCCAGCUGAGAAACGUGCAGUCACGGGAGGGAAACGAAGGACCCUCUCCUACGUUCUCGCCCCGUUGAGCGCGACCGUUCUGCGGGGGACAGGGCGCCGAGCAAAAAACGACGUCGCAGGGAGAGAAGACGAGCGCAGCGAAAACGGAGAAAACCGGUCGAAAACAAUGCACGGCACACGGAACUACCAAGAGGCCAGAGGAUGGGAGAGUGAGCCAAGAGACCGACGACAGGAUGAAGAUCUAGAAGAAGAUGCGAACCGCGUAGGCGACCUACAAGCAUCCUUCCAGAUGACAGUCGCUGUCGAAAUGUACAGGCAAUCCAUGAUGGCCGUUGAGUCAGUUGUCGAACCAUGCCAAUUGACCGUGCAUCUCACCUACAUCUCUCCUUGGCUGCAGCGUCACAGCGAAACCUUUGGCGAGGAACACCCACAGAGUUUAGCCGGUUGGCCGCUCUCUCGUGGUCUACCAGAGACCGCCGCAUGUCGCGCGAGGCCGCUGGCUUCUCCCCGCCUCAGGGUGACUUGGUCGCCGUCUCCAGAAGAGGUGAAACGAGGCAAACGCAGGCGGCGGACAAGACAGAGGGGACGCGCACAGGAGACAGACGAGGGCAAUGCGAGGUGGAUCGAAACCCAAGCCCCCCCGGCGGGGCUUCGGCUCGCGCUUCACCUGACGUGGAUAAACAUGACCGUUGCGCCUGUGGUGGUGGACGCACUCAUGGAGACAACCGACUCGGUGGAGGAGCAACUAGCGUCGUUUCUCAAGGUCGUCACCAGGUUCUAUCUGCCUCCUGGGUGGCUGCCAACGCCUGUUGAAGGAAAACGCCCUGCGUCGUGUCCGUCGUCCCCAGACACUGGAGUGGCUCUGCCAGCUUCGUGCACUGCUCCAAAAACCAACGACUUCUCUUCCACGACUUCGCAGCCUCCACACCUUACCCAGUACUCAUUUUCGCGACGAUCGCCGAGCUUCGUUCCGGUAGCACUCUCCAACUUCUGUUCGCUCAUUGCCGCGACGUUUGGACGCGAGUCGGAAGAGACGGGAGGAAAGGCGGUCGCCGAGGACGAAGGACGCGCAGAACGCGACGAGGACAGGCUUCUCCGCGAGAGCGACGAAGAAGGGAGAGAAACGUAUGGGCAAAGCGCGAAGGGAGACCUAGCCGAAGACGCCACAGAGGAGCUGAAGAACGAGGGCGAGGAAAGCCGCCUGAGGCAGAAGAUGAACGAGGAGAUUCGAGAAACCGCAGCAGAUGUGGGGAGGCCGGAAGCCUCAGAACAACGGCGACUGGAUGGGCAGAGAGAGAUUAAAAUUCAGACAAGAAGCCAAGAGGGAGAAUACGUGGAAGGGAGAAACAGAGGCGACGAUAUCGAUGAAGACACACAACCAAAGCUGUGGAAUCUGACAGGUCAGCCUUUGGCCGUGCGUCUGACAGUGCUUCGGCGUCUGCCUGCGAGCGGGCGCUUGCAACUACAUGGUCUUCUGUGCUCCGCCUCUUCUUCCUCUCACUCCUGGCGUUCCUCCGCCACCAAAGGAAGCAGCAGUUCGUUCUCCCCCUCCAGUAGCUCUGUCUCCCCCACCAGCGCGUCAGAAGCCUUCGGAAGCGGAGUGGAAGAGACCGACUACAGCGAGGACGCAGGAGCGUUCACAGGUUCCUCCUCGACCUCCAGUUCCAGCGGCUGUCCAGAGGAGGAGCGACCGACAGAAAGGAGAACUCGGAGAAACAGAAGCAGAGGGCCCAGAACACGGUUGCGAGGAAAGACGGAAAAACGAGACGGGAAAGCGAAACGAGGAAGAAAGGAAAGAGAAGGAAAACUCGACUCGCCGUCCUCGCAGUCACUGUCUCUCGCCUCGACCUCCUCUGCGGAAUCUGCUCGGCGUCUUCGAGAGUGGCUCACCAGAAGUGGAGAAAAGCGGAGAGGCUGUUUCGCGGACCUAGCGCGUUCUACCCCCCACUGCAGUGACAUCAACGGCCAGGCGUCUUCGUCCUUUCAGUCACCGAGGCGAGGGAAGAAGAACCGCGAGCGUGGACCAAAGAGCGAGAUGAGAAAUGCGAAUGGUGAAGACGAAAUGUCAUGCUCGACUGUGUCUCUCGACGCUGAUUCUUGCGAAUUUUCCUACGAGUGGAAAGUCGUCGAACCUGGUCAGUCCAUUUGCCUGCCUCAAGACGAAGAGGCUCAGCCCCUGCCGGUGGGGCUUCGCCUCUCCUUCCUAGGGUCUGUGUUCCACUUGGACGACCUCACGAUCUCUUCUUCGCGGACAGAGCUGCGCUACAUUCCGCUUUCGCUUUCCGUCCCUCGAGCGACAUCUUCCGCCAUGCCGCGCGAAAGACGCAAAGGCAGAGAGAACGAAGGACGAACAUGUAGCCAGAGAAGACUGGAGGCCGGUCUAGGCAGAGGCGACGAGGAGAGCGGAGGAGCUAAGAGAUCCACGGGGGGCCACCGUGGCAUGAAACGAAGCGACAGGGAGACACCAAUGGACAGCCAGGGCAUGAUAAAGACGCAAAUUCGCCUGCUAGCGCGGACUACGUUUUCUACAGAGCACAAACAGUUCAACGUUUUUCUCUCGUCUGUGGUCUCCAUUCGCAACUCGAGUACCGUCCCUGUCUUGAUUUUCCCCCACCCUUUUGUUGCGGAGCUGGACCCUCCCCCAGCGCCUAUGCCAGUUCGAGCCGAUCGACGCUCACCCUCUUCUUCCUCUGUCUCUCCCUUUUCGAGUCCGAAGGGAACUUCCAGUGAAGGAUCAUUCGCCUCUGUCUGUUCAUUUCUGGACGAAAAUGAAGACCGUAUGUCUCUGGACCAUGCUCCACCCUUGAGGCGAGCAUACAGUAACGUACCUUCCUCUCUUGAGCUGACGCGGCAGCAGCGAAGGUUUGCCAACUGCGGAGAAGCCACAGCUCAAGUCACGCUCGGGAGAAGAGCUAACCGUUCUCCAAGAAGACGGUGGUCAUCCGCGAGACAUCCCCGCUCGCCUCCUGCUUUUGUCUCGUCCUCUUCCGCUUCUUCCUCGUUGAACUCUUCUUCUGGGACCUUGUCUGUGUCACUUUCCGCUGGAGAGCUCGCCUUUGCGUCUGCCUCACGAGCUCGCCUGGCUCCUCUAGAAGUCUUGCCCGAUGGCGGGCAAGUGCAUGUGCCUCUCACCUGGCUUCUGCCGCGAGGCAUGGUGAUCGAAGGUGUCCUCGAUCAGAGGCGGAAGCGCGACGAGUCAGCGAGACAAACCAGCAGCGAACCCCCGAGCGAGGAAGCCUCAGGUCGCCCACAUUUGCACUACGCGUUCCCCUCUUCCUGCUGCGCAGCUUCUUCUCUGGACGAACAAGGAAGUAACGAAGAGAAGCCACCAAACGAGGACGGUCAGAGCGAAGCCAUUGAGGGCUCGUUUCUUGCUGAAGAGGACUGGGAAACCUGGCGAUGCAGCUCCGAGACAGAGCCGUUUUUAGUCAUGCCUUCGGGCACCCUCGUGGCAGCUGUGAGGACCGCUGUCCGAGCGGAAGCGGCCGAGAGAGUCAGCACGCAGAACAAGUGCAGAACAGAACUCCAAGGGCGUCGCUUGACUGUACGGACUCACAACAGCGCUGGAAACGAGAGCAUCAUGCCGGGGUUUGGCAUUCGAGGAUCCGGCGCUUCACAGCUUGUGCAGAGGCCGAGAACAUCUCCCCGAGACGCCCGAGAAAACGAAGGCGAAGAAGACAGGAACGAGCGUGCAGGAGGAGCUGAAAAAGAACGAACCCACGAAGGAAAAGGAGACAAACGAAGAAAUGAAGAGAUGGCAACGUCUCAGCGCCGAGAGCACACACCUGGCGAGAAAUGUAGAUGCGAGGAAGCCGGACGAGGAGAGGUCGAGGAGACUUGCCGAAACGAGACAGAAACACACAAAGCAGACACGGGCGAGCCCGGUGACCACAAGAGGCAGGAUCAAGGCGAGCUCUGGAGCAUCCCGCGCGCGGCUUCGGAGUGGCUGCUGGAAAAGCAGGAACUUCCGAAGCCUACAGACAAGCACCUCUCGCUUCUCCUAGUUAAAGCUUAUCGAUAUCUGUACAGUCUCGCGCGUUCUCUCGGCGCCCAGCCCCUGCUGCCAGCAGCGAAUUUUCGGCGUCUGACGGAGUCGUUCAACUGUUCCGUUGGCGCGUAUUCCAUGACGCCGCACAUUUUGGAAUUCCUUCACCCUUCAGAUCCAUGCGCGUGUCUCGAAACCUUCCGGCGACAACAGACGUCCUGGGGAAGGGAACGCAGCACAGUUGCUUGUCUGGUGCAGCGGCCGAUGCUCGUCAAGGACGAUAGGGAGAGAGGGCACCCUGCCUGUCGUCGAGAGGAACUGGCCCAGGACUCCAAAUCAACGUGGCGAGGGAGGGAAGCCUACCCCGAGCCAGUUGACGCCGGCGCUAAGCCGACUCGGGCCGAACAGUCAGGGCAGGAUCUGAGGCCACGGUGGGAGAAAAAUGGCCUCGAGGAUGAUGAGGAAGCACAUCGCAGGGGCGGCGGUCGUGGAGAAGGAAGAAUCGCACACGAGAAUAAGAAACAGAUGCGAUUUCUUGACCAAGUAGAUGAUGGGCAUGCCGUGCCCUCUCACUCGCUUCGGGAGGGCGACGAGCGACGAUUCGACGCAGCUGACGGGCCUAAGUCAAAGCCACUGAUGUGUAGGCAAUCGCGACCUCUACCGGAAGAACGAUAUCCGAGAAAACGUGACAGAGACAGCCCCAGACGCACAGGGAAAAGCCUGUCUUUCUUCCGCCAAACUCCGCUGAUGCCUGAGGAAGUGGGGACGAUCAACGCGACACGGCUUGCUCUCGCAGUGACCGUCUACGGCAAAAAGCUGAGACAUUUCUUGACUGAAACGGAGCCGCUUUACUUCCAGAUUGCCCUCGAGGCCCCCCUCCAGAUCGGCAACCGCCUAUUUGAGCCUCUGAUUGUGGCCCUGAACGCUCCGCUCGCGAGGCCUCUGCCUGUGCUCCGGCAAGUGCAGCGAUCACCUGCCUCCAGUCGAAAUACCAGUGUCGCUGGUUUGCCACGAGAGCAGCAGUCGCUUCGUACUUCCCUCUUCUCUGUUCCUCCCUCGCCUUACCACGGGCCGUAUUCGCCUUCGUCUAGGCGACCUCGUCUUGGGCGCCAAAUGGAGACACGUGUCUCCGUCUCCCCUUCUCGGCUCUCAAGAAGAGGGAGAGGUGGAGAGCCGACGAGAAACAGACGAUCCGUCUCCCUUCCAGACUCGUUAUUUCUGAGUGUUCCAGAUAAGCAUGAAAGCUGUUCAAAGGGAGGAGCCGGGAAACCGCCGCUAUCACCGCUAUCACCACUGUCACCACCCCCCAGCCGCCGUUCAGCCGACGAGUCAGGUUUCUCUUUUCAUGGGUUCCCUUCCAGGUUAGAUUCUUCUUUCUCGGUCUCGCCAGUUCUCUCUCUGAGAGCAGGGGAAGAUGUGAAAAUCGAAGAGGCGUGUCAAGUGUUUUCUCUCGAACUUUCUUUCUCCAGUAGCACCACUCACUUCACUUACGUCUACCGAUCUAAGCCUUUAGGGAUCAACAGGCCUGACUCCUCCUCUCCCGCUGUUCCCGGCUGCUUCGUCCUUCCCCUUCUCGAUUCCACGAUUUCCUUGCAUCGCUCGGAAAUUGUACAGCCUGACGGCUUAGUACUUCCUCCAGACCAUCCGCUCUUUCGCUUCGCUGCGGCUCUGGAGCCCGAAGAGAUUUCAGUCUGCGCGGAAACUGUUGCCGGCUCCGCACUCGGACCUGGCAGUGCCUCCGCUGUCUCCUUUUUGCGGCGGACGCAAGGGGAAUGGUCGCCAUGGCGACUCGCGCUCACUGCCACUGAAGCGAACAGAGGUCGAGAAUGUGACAAUCGUCCUUGGCCAAGAGAGAGCUCAGAGCGACGGGGAAUUGGUGACCAUUGCCGGCACUUUUCAGAAUCUCGGAGUGUGGUACCAGGUGUGAAUGAGGCGAGCACGAAAGUCUCAAACGAGAGGGCGUCAACGUGCACCACAGCCUCACCAGCCGCACUCACAGCCUCGCGAAUCCUCCCGUCUCGCCCGCGUUCCACGCUGCUUCUCGCCACGACGAAUGAGGAGGAAAUGAAACUCGCAGAACGAAUGACGUUCUUGGAAGAGGCAGCCGCCCUCGGUUCUCACACGUACACAUGGGAGACUGGCGUGAGAACAGUGCGAUUGUAUUCGCCCUACGUGGUCGUUAACCGGCAUCCCUCCCCGUUGUCUGUUUCCUGGCCGCGGCAGCUUCCCAACAGACUCGACCCCUUCGCGUGGAGACUGCUGGCGCCUCCCGGAGGCGGGACAUCCUCAAGAGGCGCCUCUGGCCGUCGAAAAAAAGAAUUGAUUUUCGGAUUGGCUCCCGUGAAUCGACUCUCCAGCCUCUUAGCACUCUCUCAGCUGACUCUGCCGUCUCUCUCGCGCUUGCAAGCCGCCAGCGGGAGUCCUCGCAGGUCGCCGUCGGCCGACACGGCCGCUGUCGUCGACGGUGCGGAGCUGCGGACGCGACCACGACGGACUGGACAUGAGUCCAAUCCCGACGAGAAGGCCGAGGGUGCCAGGGAGCUCGAAUUGAGUGCGCCGCCGAAGGACGCAAAAGAAGCAGAAACGCGAGACAGUGCACAAGGCUUUAGCGUCGCUACAGUCGGCCGGACAGGGCAAGUCGUGAUUCCGCGUUUUCAGCUGAAGCCAGGGAAGGGUGAGAGGUCUUCGGGAGACCGUCGAGCGUUUUGGGCGCCUCUCCGAGGGCACAGAGGAAAGGACGAAGUCUACGUGGAGGGUGGAGGGGACCAGGAAACUUUGAAGGCCCACUGGCUAGGCAUCACUGUCUCUCUCGCGCCACCGCCUUUCCUUCGGACUAAAAUCGUCAAUGUGUAUAGCCGAUUCACACUCGUCAAUUCGCUGGAGACAGACAUUUGGAUUCGAGAAGCAAACGAAGACACCGAGACGGAGUUUCUGCAUCUCGCGCCUGGGCAGAAGCAGACAUUCCACCCUCAGCAGGUGGGGCCAAACGGAACUCCAUCUUUCCAGUUUUCCCUCUUCGAUCCGCUCCUCAUCUCCAGGACCUAUGAGGCGACAGCGACACUCUCAGCUGUGAAGAGGACAGCCGGCGGGAGCGACGGCGAUAUACCUCCUGCUUGUCAGAGUGCCAAGGAGAAACCCAGGCCUUCCACAUCCACAGCCAGCGCAGAUCCUUCAUACCCUCCGGGGUCAAGCUCCCCUGUCCCUAGCUUCUUCCCCUGUUCUUCUCUCUCUGCUGAAGGACCAUUGACGGAGUCCGUCCCCAAGCGUCUCGCCUCCUCCGCUCGGUCUCAGCACAUCUGGUCGGCAGAGCUGCGUCUCACUGCCGUCGCAUCGCAUCAGAUGCGUGUGUUGUCUCCUUCGGUCGCCCUCGCUUCUGGGCCGUUUGUCCCCGUUUCAUCUGCGCCGUCUAUCUCUGUUUCUGCUGGGGUUCCUGGGCCUGUGGGAUCGACUCCGUUGACACCUGCCGCGUCGCGCUGGGCGCCAAGGCGCGUCCUGGCCUCGGCACCUUCAAGGUCUGUGGGGAAGGUCUACACGAUUGUUCAGGUCGACAUCCGGGCGGUGGAGAGAGCGGCACUGUUUGUCUGCUUUGGGAAGCCAGAGAAAAGCGAGUAUUUGCUGGUCAACGCCUCGCGCCGGCUCAUCUACUUUCGCCAAGUGCUGGGGACCUCCCGGCGGGGAUUCGGCCCAAGCUGCAGUCGCGACAUGAAGGAGCUUCUUUACCCCGGAGCCCAAGUGGAUUAUGCGUGGCACGAUCCGACGAAACGCGGAAAGAAACUCCGUUUUUCUGUGAUCGAUUCCAAUGGCCAAGAGGUCCACUGCACCUGCGACAUUGCGCGCGUGAAGGAUCAUCCACCCCUGCCUUUGAGUGGAGGAAGAGACUGUCUCUUCCUCACCACGCAGGUAUCCCGAGGCAGGCGAAUCGUCCUGUUAACCGACCUCGCUUCGCGAUGGGGGAGCAAAACGCAUCCGCUGGACCUUGCGCAUCUGCUUAUCCCCAAAGCGCCUUCAGACUCCUCGGAGGAAAGACGCAGAAGAGUGAAUGGACGCUUUCGAGUUGCGACGGGGAGAGGCAGACGAACUGAGGAGGUGGAGAGAACCACGCGAGGGUGGUGCCUCACUCAAAAGGGCGGACGAAGAAGCAGAAGCGGCAGGGGCGCAUCGGCGAAGCGACGCCUCAAGGCCUUUCUGAGGAGCCAGACGGCUCUACGCGUGGAUGCAACGCGACGGAGUGGACAAGCAAAAGAGACUCUUAGCGUGAUGGAAAGCAAGGAAAUGGUGAUGGGAGAAGACGCAGGACAGAGGAGGAGGGACUCCGAGGCGAGCAAAGACAGCGACGCGUUUACGAACGCCAGUGGACGGCGUACAAAGAAGGGAGAGAGAUGCGAGGACAGCCGGGAAGCAAGCACAGCCGCAGGGGGGCACGCAGCUACUCAGGAGGGCACUGCUUCAUCCCAUGACCAGGGCGCUGGAGAAAAAGCGAGAGAAGAGAUUGAGCUUAGUGGAGCAAGAGAGAUGCUGGAAGGAAUGAAUGAAGAAGAAGAUGCACUUUCCUCUGGGAAGAAGAUAACGAGAAGCAAAUCUUGUGGGAGGAUCCACGCGUCUCGACGCUCGCGCGAGGCGUUUCUGAAGAAGCGUUGUCACCUGGAGAACACAGGGAGAUGUCGAGAACCCCAAAGCUCCACUGUAUUCGUAGCCACGGGAAGACACCAGCACAGAAGAGGCCACCCUCCUCGAGUGUGGCGACCUCGUUUUCACCGUCAACGCGCCGCAGCUUCGUCAGACGAGGAGCGACAGCGGGGUGCGAAAGAAGGAGACGCUCACGAAGACAUCUGUCACUCUGAUGGAUCUUCUGAUUUCACCGUUCGCCGCGUCGGUACGUUCUCCCUCAAGGAAUACAGCCCCACUGAGGGAGGCGCAGUACACGCAGAGGCGAAUCGAGAGGCCCACCACAAGGCGAAGGACUCCCACAGAGACGCGGCGUCAUCUGAAGAGAAACUCGAGCAAAAAGAGGCGCCCGAUAGCGUCGAAACGCCUCCCUUCGCUUCGCUGGAUGAUCUAACCAAGUGUCUCCCAAGGAGGCCGAGUUUCUUGAGCGAGGCCCCGGUCUCCCGCCAGAAUUCGGGUACAGUCGAGAAGGCUCGUCAGACAGGAAGUCCAGCCCACCAUGACGAAGCGCGAGGCGCCUUCUACCAAUGGAGAGGGAGUUUCAGAGGGUCUCGACCUCAAAUUCGAGAGGAAGACGCCGCGACGACAGAUGUCUGUGAAGGCGCGAAGGGGGACUGGAUCUCAGCGUCGUCUUUUCUUUCGAAUUCGUCUGGUCCACCGACCUGCGAGGAGGACAGCGAACAAGCCGGAUGGCUCUGGCGGCCCUCGACCGUGACGCAACCUUUCGAGCAAGGUUCGGUCGAUUUUAAGCGCAGCAGAAAGUCUUUUCUUCGACUCUUCGUCGCACAAAAACGCAGACACCAACCCCAUCGAACUGGUCACCCGUGGUCGGCUUCGGCUGUCUCUUCUUCUUGUUCUCUGUCCACUCCUUCGCGUCGAAGCGCCUUCAAGAAGCUGCGCCUGAGCGCGAGGCAGAAACGCCGAGAAGGAAGCAUAGACACUCGACCACGGAUUCGUUUUGCCCGCUCCGCCAAGUCUGGUCUUCCAGGCGCUUCUCCACUCAUCCCGCUGAGGAAUGACAACUUCAGACUGGGAAGCACAAAAGGCCUUGCAAUCUCUCAGGAAUCCAUUUCUCCCAAGUCCGUCUCAAGCGGACCAGCGAGGUGGCGCACGGCUCACUUGCCUCUCACACGAAGGCGAAGUUGCCAGCCCCGGAGGCGAUUCGCAGCUUCCUGGGGAGACGACGACGAACAAGCCGAGAGUGACGAUGCGAUUCUGUACGAUGGAAGGAGACAAAAAGGCCCGUUGGUUUCACCUACAGACGCCGAAGCUGAACGUGAGUCAGGCUCGCUGUCCUUUCCGAAGUUGUCGGAUGUCGAAAUCGUUGUAUCCCUGGUUCUCGACGGCCUCGGCCUCUCUCUGGUCGACUCCGGGCCGCAAGAACUGGCCUACGUCGCGCUCUCCGGGGCCGUCGGAUCCGCGAGGCGCCUGCCUACCUCAGCAGCUUCGCUGCAUGCAACGGACGAAGGGGGAGCCACGCUCCAUGUGGACUAUCGCCUGGCGAUCAGGAACCUCCAGAUUGACAACAACAUUUCUGGAGCCUACAGCUCGACGAUCAUGCGCCUCGCGACUCAGGAGGAAAGGUUAAGGCACUGGGGCGCAGAGGAUAAGCGCAGUCUCGUCCCCGACGAGGGCAUUAUUUCCACUGCAAAGGCGACCACCCUCGUCGAGGCGUCCCUCCGUGAGUUUCGCCUCUCUCAAGACGAAUCAGAAGCAGAAAAUGUAUUUUUCCGGAUCCAGUUUGGAGGCCAGUGGACCACUGAAGCCACGCUGCUGCAGUACUUCGAGUGCAACCUCGCCCCGCUUUCAGUCCACAUUGAAAUCGACACCACCUUCGAACUCGUGCGGUACCUCCUCAGAUUUCUCAAGUGGCGAAACCUUUAUUUCCGCUCUCUGCAGUCCCGAAGCGUUCUGGCAGUCCGGCAAGCGGCCCUUGGAGAUCCUUCGUCAGAUGGCUUCCUUCGCUUUCGCGGGUGUCCCGACCCGCCCGUCGGUGUGUCUUCACAAACGUUUUCAAAGAAGCCGUUCUACAUUCAGACUUUUUGUAUUCGUCCGAUCAAAGUCCUGGUUUCUGCGCGAGCGCCCAGACUACACAAAAGGCGACUUCAAGCAGACCGCGAUGUGAUGGUUCUCCGCCAGCUGCAGCUGGUGGCGGGGACCGUGACGGACGUCACCAACGUCCCCGUGAAGUUUCGUCUGGUCUUCCAGAAAUCCGUCUUCAACACCGUGGAGCACUUCACCGAGCAACUCAGCACGGUGUACAUGCAGCAGGGCAUUCGCCAGGCACACAAACUCGUCGCGUCCAUCGACGUCCUCGGCAAUCCUCUCAACGUUCUCUCCAAUGUCUCCGCAGGAACGCGGGCUCUGUUCCUUGAUCGCAUUCACAAGAUGCCAGUGUCCGACGGACCCUCGGAGAGGCUGAGCCCAUGGGGGGUGUUCGCGCGGCUGUCUCGAGGUCUCCUAGCCGAUGUGCUCGACGGUUUCAGUUCAAUUUUCGCGGGUCUCUUCCAGCUUUUUGAGACCCUCCGUUUGGUCGACGGAGACGAUCUUCUGGGCAUGUGGCCUUCGCAUCUACGCGUGAAUCGCCCUACACUGGAGUGUCCAGAUUCGCUGACCGAGGGCAUCUUUCGCGGCGUCUUAGUCUUCUUCCAGCUGCUCGUUUCUUCUCUUUUCGCUCUCGUCUUCUACCCUCAGCAAGGGUACACCCGACGCGCGCUCCCGGGGUUGCAGCCCUGUGGGGAACGUCUCUCUUUCGAGGAGGAGGUCGACGAAACGAAGACUCGAAAAAAGUUCCUCUUCUUCUUCCUAGGCCUGCUCUACGGUUUCUCGUCCCUCGUCUUUGGCGUCCUAGGAGCUGUGCUUCUUCUCCUCCACUCGUUCACUGCGGGGGUCUGCGUUGUGAUUCAAAGGCUUCCCCACAUCGCUGCCAUCCGGCCGCCGCGGGCCUUCUCGGACAGCUUCUCUGUGCAGCCGUUCCACUUCCAUGUCUCGCAAGCGAGUUUCUUGCAGCAGAAAGGAAUUGCUCUCAAAAGCCGCGCCAGUCUCCAGCCAGUUAUCUUUGCGUGUGCGCUGCCGAAGGACGGCGUCCCCGGCCUCGACAGACGGGGCGAAGAGGCGAAGAGCCAGCGAAGCUGCCGAGACGGGACGGGGAACCGUAUCAACGAGAGAACAACUAAAACCGAAAGCGACCUCCGCAUCACGCGCUGGUGGCACUCAAGGCGGUGGAACACGACGGUGGCCAACCCAGGGAAGACAGAUCGAGGGGCGUUCCAGCUCGAGACGGCGCGACGAGAAAGAGUAGAGGCCGAAGGGGAAGAACUCGAUGCGAGGACGCAGGAGCCUCACCGUAUUUCGGCGACAUCGAGAGAGGGACAAAGCAUCAAAGACAACACCCGAAUAGACUACAUAGGAGCGACACGCGAUCUGCUUUUCUACGCGAAGGAAGGAACCAUCAAAUGGGUUUGUAGAAGGACAGAUGUAGCGAGUGUGCAGGUGAAGGCAUCUCAACAGUUCAUGAAUGCCCUCUCGGCGGCGUCACGUAUGGGUCCCGGGGGCGGGCACUUCGGGGGGGGGCGUCGCAGGGACAGAAUGCGUUUCCAUCUCGCCGAAGAGGAGUUGCAAGACGGUCGGAAGAGAGCGGCUGCCGACCGCUUCUUCUCGAACUUUUUUGCAUCCGUUUGGUGCCAAAAACGUUGUACCAGGCCUUCUCUCAUCUUUAACUUCCAUGGCUCGCCGCGCAGUGGCGAAGCCACACAUUGUCCCCCGCUACGCCCCGCCUGGGUCUCUGUCUCCCCGUCUGUAGGGGAAGGCUCAGACGAGCUCUUGGAGUCUCAGCCAUGUUAUCGCAACUCCCGCGACAGUUGCUUUGAAGACGUCACUCACCAUGCACCGCUCGAAAAAGGGCAUCUUCCUUCUCAACCCCAGACUCGUCCAUCCUUCUCGCCUCUCCCUCGUUGUGGCGCUUCUGACUCAGAGGCUGCGGUGCUCACCGGUGAGUACUUUCGCUCUCUUGGAAAUCUCGGAGCCCUGGGGCAAGUCGACGGGUCUCUGCCGCUGUUUCUGGUGCAAGUCAGAGUCCGGAAUGCGCUGCAGGUGUCUGCAGGAGAGCUGAGCGACCCCCAGAAGGCCUAUGCUCUGUAUGCGCGAGACGCCGGCAGAGAAGGGACAGCAGAGAGAAUGGAGAGGCCCGAGCGCCACGAGCGACGCUCGAAAGGAAGGCGAGGCGAGGGCCGAGACAGGAAGGAAGAAGCGACAUGUGAGCUCGCAGAACCUCUAGGGAGGAUCGCCAGAGGCAUCACAAGCCAGGACAACUUUUGGGGAGCUGACAUAGUCCAGCGUAGGAGCGACACACAUGGAAACGGCCUCGUUGUCGGGGCUGGAGGCCGAGAGGAGAAGCUGGAAGGCGAACCAGCGAAGGGGGAAGAGACUCUGUGGAAGUGGAGGAAAGGCGCACGCCGACAAACGUUGGCGGUGGAAUUGAAAGGAAUGAAAGGAAGAGGCGAAUCCCGAGGAGAUCGGUCGACCAGGGACUGCGGUCGAGUCGGGCAUAAGGACAGCGGGAGAGAGCAACGAUGCCUGUCAGUCGCCCGCGAACGGAGAGGCAAGACAGGAGAAGGAGAAGCUCUUCAAGGAACGCAGAAGGCAAGCGAAUCCGAGUUCAGUGAGACCUCGGAAAUGCGGGGGAAGGGCGCCGGUGAGAAGGCAAAGAACGGAAGGCAGUGCCGGGACAGUUCCAGAGAAGCGCGUAGGUCUUCGAGUGUACGAGGCGUUCUCGUGAAACAGACGAGAAGAGAAAGAGUGCAAGAUCAACGUGAAGCCCCAUUUGGCUUCCUGCCUGUUCUUGAUCGUUUAGAACAGGGGCGAGAACAAGAGGAAGCAGUUGAAGACUCCGAAGGCGUAGGCAGCAGAGAGAAAAACGCGGAGACCUUGCAAAGAGAGCCAGUCUCGAGGUCACGACCUGUGCUUCUCUCUUGGGGGCGAGAGUGCAGAGGGUAUCUCAGUGCGUCUGUGAAGUCUUUGCUGUCGUUGCGAGUCGACACAGGCGAGAGGAAACGAACUGAGAACACCCCGGGAGGCCUCGUUCCCCUGACUUCCGUGGACAUCCGGCAAUGCCCGUUUGCAGAGACAGUUGCGGCCGGGGAAGGACUGGAGGUCGAACAGAGGGGGAACGGAGAUCGCCCACACUGUGACGAUACGGGCAGAGGCGAGGGGCUGAACGUUUUGCGCACCAUUCACACUCUCUGGCACAAAGGCGUCUCUGCCGGUCGCCAUGCGUAUCAGUGCCUCGUGCGAAGAAGGACGCCUCUGCCUCCCUCCUUCGUUGUCUUUGAAAUCCAAACUCGAGACUGGGACUCCGCAGCCCGCGCCUUUGACACCCUCGCCAGCUGCAUGCACCUUCCGCAAAGAAAACCAGAAUAAACAGAAAAAGACGAAGAAGGAGCGAACGUACGCGGCGGUGGAAGCGGGUCGUCCGCGUGUGGGGUACUGGGAGACCACGGAGGGUCUUCAGACUUUUGCUGGGAUGAGUGGGCGGGGAGGAAAAAUCAGGGAAGCAGACAAUAGGCGGCGAUUCGUGAAAGGAAACAGAGAAUAGAAGGCCACAAGGGGGCUGGUUGUAGAACAACUCGCGCCUGGAGUGCGCGGAGGCGACCGAGAUACACAGAAAGGAACAGGGAAUCCGGACGACGAGUUUCUUUCCUAGACGCCCUCGUUGUGUGUCGUCUCCAAGAGAGGAUUCCCUUUUUCAGUCAGUUUCAUUAUCUCAUGCCCCGAGUGUGCCGACGUAGCUUUCGAGAAUCGCACAGUCUGAAGAAACCGUCAAAUGCUAGCUGCCAUUCAGUGUCUAGCGCCUGGAGAGAAAAAAAGAGAAGCCGGGUCAGUUCGCGGUAUGCCACACUCCCAAGAGGCUCUCAAAGUCGCGCAACUCCCCAUGCUUCUCCCUCCCG